CGCGCGCCUGCGCGUUAGAGGCCGGUCCGGUCCGGGGCUCGCGGCGGGGAGGGCGGUCUGGCCGAGCCUCGUGCUGUUCCGGGGUUCCCCGGGCCGCCGGCAUGUCGGUGCUUCGGCUGAGGGCUUCUCUGCUGAGCCGGGGCGCGGCGGGGCUCGGCGGAGCCCUGCGGCCCGAGGGCAGCUCCUGUCCCAGUCCCGAGAAAGGAGCCUGGUGGACUCGGGGCAGAAGGUACUCAGUCAACGUUCCCGAACGGGAUAGGAGGAGGGAUGCGGGGCAGGUAGAACUAUUGGAAGUGCUAGAGGCCCGAGUAAGACAACUCCAGAACGAGUAUGUAUCUGAAGUGACAGUAAAUCGAGUGGAAGUGGCGCCACGGAAACCAGUAAGUCAGAAGGACUUGCAGGCCCUUGAACUGGUGGAGGACAGAGUCAAGGGAGAUGCCAGCAGUGCAGCCACCGAAGCGGGGAAGGCCUCCCUCCGGUGGAUGGAGAGGCUUACUGAGGAAAGGAAUGAAAUGCACAGGAGACAGCAGAUCCUGGAGAGCAAGCUCAAGAAGGUGACCUUUUGUGAAUCCCAGAUCAAGAGGAGAGAGAAAGAGUUUCUUGCCAGAAAACUGAAAGGAAACAAACAGACGCCUAAUAUUGGGAAAGAGAAAGCCGUAGUGGGGCGGGAGACUCCACAUCACAGUAAGAAACAGGAGUCUUUUAAGGCCUUGAAAGUUCAGAAGGAAAAUAAAACUUCUGUUGAUGACUUGGACUCCUCCAGGCUGAUGCCUGAAGUGUCUAGACAUUCCAAGAAACAGCUUUUAAUUCUGGACUAUUUGGAGUGCUUGCUCUCUCAGGACCUUGUGACACAAGCCAAUCAUCUGCUUCUGUCAUACUUUCAUCGCCCCGGUAGCCAGAAGUUGCUGACUCUGCCCAUGUACAACAGCGUCUUGAAAGCUUGGGCCAAGCAGGGCUCCUUGCAUCAAAUAAGCACCUUGUUUUCCAUGAUGAACAAGUCAGGGCUGACUCCUGACCUAGUUUCCUAUGCUUCGGUUCUGGAGUGUAUGUGUCGAGCAAAUGCAGACUUCAAGAUCAUCAAGAGCUGUCUGAAUCAGAUGGCGAAGGAUGGCCUGCACCUGAAGAACCUUUUCCACGAGGUGGCGCUCCACAGGCAGGAGAGGAUGAUGGUGCUGAAAGCCAUCCAGAAGGUGGAGCCCGGAUUCUCACCCCCCCCAGCAUCCUCCCGCAAGAUCGCCAUAUCUCCUCUCCUUAGAGACUUCUAUUCCAAGGAAGAGCCCGCAUCUUACCCAAAGCUGCCACUGUCUCUGCUCGAGCUGCAGAAACGCUUCCAGCAGCAGCUAAAGUUGGAGUCAGCCAUGACGAUCACUAUUGACUCAGUGGAAAAGAAACCACUAACAAACCAGAAUCAUCAUGCAAGGAAGCUUCUCAAGGACCUUAAAUCCCAGUGGCAGGAGGCCUUGCUGAAGACAUUCAGGGAGACCAAAGUCCACAUGAGUCAACUACACCCACAGAUCAACCUUUACCCCUACUUGUGCCUUCUGAAGGACACGGAUUAUGUGGACCUCAUGAUGCAGACCCUCUUGAACUUGCCUCCACAUGGAGAUUCCUUAAUCCACCUAGUCACGAGUCUUGCGAUGAAGGUUCAAGAGAAGAAUUUAAUCCAGAAAAAGAUGAAACCCUUUGUAUUAGAUGAGCUAAAGAGGAAGUAUAUGAAUUACCUACAUCUUUUGGCCAAGGACACUCAGCUGGACUCAUGCCUGCCCCGGGAGCACUGGGAAUCCUUGGAGUCAGAAGCUACCAUCUGUUCCGAUUUCUUCACUCAAGAGAAGGCCUGGCCAGAGAUGGUGUUGGUACGCCUAGGAGCACAACUUGUGGAAAUAAUGGUGCAGUCUGUCCACGUACCCAGCAAUCUGUUCUCCUCCCAGGCAGAGAAGAAACUCAUCCCUGUGCUAUACCACGUUUACUCCUUCCUCUCCAUCAAGCAGGUUGGUUUCAUUAAACCCCACCCAACUUUCAGUCAGCUGUUGGCUGAAGCUGCUUGCACUGAACUGACUUUUGACUCCUCUGUCAUGCCCAUGCUGUGCCCUCCCAAGCCUUGGACCUCACCUCUCUUUGGGGCCUAUGUCCUCCACCCCACCAAACUGAUGCGCUGCCUGGAGGGGACUUUCCAGCACCAGGAGCUACUAGAGAGCUGCCCUCAGGAGCACUUGUACCCAGUACUCGAUGCCCUCAAUCUGCUGGGUAACUGUGCCUGGAAGGUGAACCAGCCAGUGCUGGACCUCAUAAUCUCUGUCUUCAAUGCUAAAGGCAGCAAGAAGCUAGAUGUGCCCCCUCCCGUCUCGGAGGCCCCCACACCCCCUUCCUACCAGCUCUCCAAAGACAUCAGCUCUUCAGAAAAGGCAAAGCUGCGGCGAGAAAUUGCCCAGUGCCACAAGACCGCCCGGGAAAUGUACAGCCUGCGCAUGGAUGCCCUGUACAAGCUAUCCAUUGCCCACCACCUGCGGGACCAGAUCUUCUGGUUUCCUCACAACAUGGACUUCCGGGGCCGUGCUUACCCUUGCCCGCCGCACUUCAACCACUUGGGCAGUGACCUGACCCGGGCCAUCCUGCUGUUUGCUGAAGGCAAACCCUUGGGCCCCAAGGGCCUAGAUUGGUUAAAGAUUCACCUCAUCAACUUGACAGGCCUCAAGAAGAGAGAGCCUCUGCAGGCCCGCCUGGCCUAUGCCAAUGAGAUCUUGGAGGACAUCCUGGACUCGGCAGACAAUCCGAUAACUGGAAAGAAGUGGUGGAUGGAUGUUGAUGAGCCCUGGCAGACCCUUGCCUGCUGCAUGGAAAUCGCCAAUGCUGUCCGGUCACCAGACCCUGAAGCUUACAUCUCCCAUUUCCCCGUCCAUCAGGAUGGUUCCUGUAAUGGGCUCCAGCAUUAUGCAGCUCUGGGCCGAGACGUCACUGGGGCUAUCUCUGUCAACCUGAUGCCCUGCGACGUUCCUCAAGAUGUGUACAGCGGCGUGGCUCAGCUGGUGGAAGAGCAGCGCAGAAAAGAUGCUGCCAGUGGGCGCUCCAUAGCCCAAGCUCUGGAGGGCUUCAUUGGCCGCAAACUUGUAAAGCAGACGGUGAUGACGGUGGUCUAUGGUGUGACACGCUAUGGUGGCCGGCUGCAGAUCGAGAAGCGCCUGAAGGAGCUGGAUGAUUUCCCCAAGGAGUAUGUGUGGGAAGCCUCCACGUACCUCUCCCAGCUGGUCUUCAGUAGCCUCAGUGAGAUGUUCUCGGCAACCAGGGAAAUCCAGGACUGGCUGACAAAGAGUGCUUACUUCAUCUCCAAGUCAGGGUCCACUGUGCAGUGGGUCACCCCUCUGGGCCUUCCUGUCAUUCAACCGUAUCACAAGACACAGAAAAUCAUCGUUCCUGGGAAUCUGCAGUCUCUGUGCCUCCUGAGUUACACUGAUGUCAACCAGAAACCAAACACCUUGAAACAGAAGAAUGCUUUCCCCCCCAACUUCAUCCAUUCUCUGGACUCCACCCACAUGAUGCUGACAGCCUUGUACUGUCACAGGAAGGGACUGACCUUUGUCUCUGUGCAUGACUGCUUCUGGACACAUGCCUCUACUGUGGACCUCAUGAAUGAGAUCUGUCGUGAACAGUUUGUGAAUCUGCACAGUCAGCCCAUUCUGCAGGAAUUAUCUCAGUACCUCGUACAGAAAUACUGUUCUAAACUCCAGUCUCAUGAUUCCUCUAAGGAAAAGUCCGUCAAUGAGAAGCUGCUAAGGAUGCUGUCUCAUGUGCCUGAAAGAGGAAAUUUUGAUCUACAGAAUGUGAAGAACUCCACCUACUUCUUCAGCUGAAGAUGUCUCUGAGCAUGCCAGACACCCCUGAGGGUGCCAGGGCUGUUUUUGAGACUGUUCAAAGGGCCCUUGCCAGGGGUUCCUCCUGGUCCAUGCCUUUUGGGCCCCCUCUGCAUUGCUCCUGCCAAGAGUCUGUCCUGCCUCAGGCCAAGGACAAGCUGAUCUGGCAGUGAGGGGUUGUGUCCCCUUCAACUGUCAGCACUCAGGCUGGCAGUGGUUGGGGGGAUGGCUCACAAGAGUGCUCCCGGAGCUGUUUCUCAGCUUUAGCUGCUCCUAGCUCUCCCAGCUGACCUCCCAGAAAGUACUGGGGCUAGGCCACAUUCUUUACUCACUUAUCAGCCUCCUGACCCCCACCCCCCCACCCCACUCCAACUGAGUACCAAGGGUCCGUGUCACAGGGGAGUGAUGCAGGGUUGGGAUUAGACAGGAUUCCCCUACUUCCAGGAUGACCACAGGAUUUUCCAUACUUUUGCCUGUUUGUCCAUACUGAGCAUUCAGAAACCUCUGGCCCAUGUAUAGUAGUGUAAAUAAAAAGCUGUUAACCCCCA